AGCAACAGUUGCUGUGUUUUCAUAUUUUCCAUCGUUAGCUAGCAGUUGUGAAGCUAUUAUGUAUCGUUCGAUUCUGACCUCGGGUUGCAACGAAUUCAGUUUGUUCAAAAGUACAUAGGUCUAGCUAGCUACUUCCUACUGAGUUUUGUCGCGUUGUGCUUUCAACUGUUUAGAGGUGUUAGCCAGCUAACGUUAGUAGCUAGCUACUGUUAGCAUAAAGUCGUCAUUAAACAAGGGUGAAGCGGGAUAUUUGAAUGUUCGACUUCCUAAGGAAAAUGACGACAGUGGUUGUUUAUUUAUCUAUAUCAACUCCCACGGUUGAUACACAACUAUGUUAUGUGUAACGCCUGAUCGGGUCUGGUGUUGAGCAUACUAGCUAUCAUACUCUACUCUGCUGCAGUGCUCGCUACUAGAUAAUCAACUGAGCGUCAGAGUCGAUUAGAUAUGGCUCAUACUCUUCUGAGCCGAUCAAAUGAACUUCUGAACUUUGCAAGGAAUAUAAACCUUGACGAAUCCACUUCAAGUUCUGAUGCUGGAGACGUCUUGAUUCGUGCAACAAAGAUUCACUUUCCUGAGCGGAGCUAUGAAGGGCAGAGGGAUUUGGGGUCGUUGCCCACCGUAUCUAAUAAAACAGACAAUGUAAAGAUAACAGUGAAGAAGUCCUCUCUUCUUGACGAGCCACCAAAGAUCGAAAAGCAAAGACAAGCAAGGAAACAAGAGCACAGGCAUGUGCCUCCUGCCCUGCAAGCAAACCUGUCAUCAGUUUCACUCUCUGAGGGAACGAAAGCACGCAAAAAGAGUCCGAUAAAAAGAGUCCCGCAAAACGAGUCCCAAGUUCCUAGUAUAGAUGGAAAAGAAACACUGACCUCUGUUCAACCUAAGGGCAGUGAGGACAAAGACCAUGAUCUGCUAAUAUCCCGAUAUGCUGCUGGUGGCAAAGGGGCAAUCUUGGCAGCUCUAAGACAGAGGUCCCAGACUGCCCCCUUGAGGCAAGAGGUGAAGGUGCAGUUACUGGACCAGCGGCCACCAUCGAGUCAGGAGCCCCAGCAUGUUUCUGGCCUCUCAGGGGAUACGGGAGCUGCCUCCACUGCAGCCGUGGUCACAGCUGCUGCCACAGCACCACUCAUCAAGGCUCAGAGUGACAUGGAGGCAUGUGUUUCCCAGGUGUGGGGGGGGCUACAGAGGCUGCUGGAGUCAGACAGGUACCCAGGCAGGGCUCAGGAGGCCAGAGAGGACAGAGCAUCAGAGAGGGUGACCCAGCUGGAGGAGCAGCUCAAUACCGUGACCCAGCAGAGACUACAGCACCUAGAGUGGAUCCAGAGCCAACAGAUGGAGCUGCAGAAUCGUCUCCUGGGCUCUGCUCUGAGUGUAGUGACUGGCCACGCCCCUGUGCCCUCACCCUCCAUGCUGAACACUGGCCCUGCUGCACAUCCAGACCCUCGGCUUCCUCAGGACCUUCCCGAUCACGUUCAUAUUACCCACCUUGAUGCUGCAGACUCUUCCCCUGCUGUUCCAACCACAGCAUCUCCAGACCCAUCUAGCCAGCAGAGGGGAGGAGAGGGUAAGAGCCCUCUGGAGACCCCAGCUCCUCGCAGGGUCAUCCCAAAGCCUACGCGCUGGAACACCACCAACGUCCGGAACACACAGAGCGCUACACAGCAGCACAGCUACAGGACACAGAAAACACCUCGCACAGCACAGCAAGGAAAUGGCAGACUUCUGGAGGCUAUCCCUAACAACAGCAACAGCUUGGCAACCAGAGGUGUGCAGCAGCAAUCUUCUGCGAGGGCUGCUAUGGCAACGCCCAACGACGGCUGCCAGCAACCAGCGCAAUCCAGGGAAUGCCAAAACCAGCAAGAGGGGGUUAGAGAGCUGGUCAUUGCAGCAUUAGCGAAGCACAGCGACACAAAUCACCAAGGUAGAGGAGGAGGAGGUCACCAGCCAGGCCUCCCAUCAUCCUUUGGGGUUCCUGAGCAACCCAGCUCAGCCGUGAAACGAGCCAAUGAUACACUUCAGGAACUGGGACGUCUCAAAACUGAGAUGCAGACCCUGCUGCAGGCUCGCGAGGCUUUUCCUGCUGCAGAGAGCAGAGAGACUGUCAGAGAGACGGCAUCAGCCAAGACCAGCAACACCACAAGCAGCAGCAGCAGCAAGCAGCUCACUAUCCCCUCUCCCGCCAACAUGCACCACCACCCUCCUCCCUGCGUCUCCAUGGUCCCCCCACCCUCCCCCCAACAGUCUCGGGAAGAGGUGGCCGUAGUGCUCCCUACAGUCCUCCCCCUGCCUCCCGCCAGGCCCACCCCCACCCUGCUGCAGCAGAGCCGGCCGUGCCCCUCCAUGUUUGAGGAUGCUGAGAGGGUCCUCCGGCAGGUCCAACGACACAAGAAGACCCUGGAGGAAAAUGUGGAGGCCAUGCUGAGGGCUAAGGACGGAGAGACCCUGUACUCUCAGUUAGAGGCACUCUCCUGCAACAGGGACACCACAGAAGAAGUCAGGAUCAAGAAGACUGUGGAUGCAUGGAUCAAUGCCCUGAGCAAGGAUAUCCAGGCCGACAUUACGAAAGAAGACCUUGUUGCUCAGACGAGAGCUAAAGUCAGAGAAUCCUCUGCUGCUGCCGCCAUGUUGCCCCAGAAAGACAGAGGGACCAAGAAGGACACCACCACCUGUAGGCUUAAUGACGUGAAGAGCAGGAGUCAGACUGGGGGGCCUCGAACAGCAGGAAGUAAGCCCUGUCAGAGAGCCGGCAGAGGACAGGCAGAAAGCACCGAGGAGCUGAACAACAGACGCAAACACACCGCUGGCCCCAGUGUGAGGCUGAGACCUUCUCCAUCUCAUCAGGUGAGUCAGUGUGGAGAGAUGAUGUCAAACCAGGAUGGAGAGGAGUAUUUGGUGAAACUGUAUGGGAAGGCUCUGUACGAAGGCAAUCGGAGGACACUGAAGAAAGGGCCCUAUCUCCGAUUUAACUCUCCCUCCCCAAAGUCCAAAGCCCCGCGGCCAAGAGUGGUAGAGAGUGUGAGAGGGGUGAAGAUGAAGUCAUCGAAGACCCAGACCAGUCUCCCCCAUGGACGGUCAGUCUCCUCUCCCCUGUACCCGGCCAUACCCAAGGAACCUCAGUACAUCUUCAGCCCGACCCGUGGAGGAGCCCAGUACCACCCUGGGGCCUCGCUGGAGGGGUACCUCAUUCCCAUGGCCAUCCCACUGGGCCAGCCCAGAGUGGAUGGAUUGGCCCCCCAGCCCUCCCGUGUCCUCAUCAGUGACCAGCCAGUGACCACCUCCAUGCCCCCCUCCCCACCCAGACCGGCCCCUGCCCCCCGCAAACCCACCGUGGCCGUGCCGGAGGUGACGUCUGGCCCGAGGAGAAGACGAGCACAGCUUCAAGUGCAAGUUCAGCCCAGUGUGAAUAUUGAGCCCCACACGCCAACCCCCAUCCAGAGCCCAGCUCCCUCUCCACCACCACCUCCUGCUGCUGCUCCUCCAGACAUACAGAGUGUGGAGGGGAGGCAUGAUGAAGAGAUGGAUGAUGAGGAGGAGAGCGUUUUCCCCGGAACACAUUUCCUGGAGGUUGCUGACAUUGCCCAGGAUCCAGAGGAGGAGGAGGAGCUCCAUGAUGGUCCUAUAGAACUGAACGGUCUGGCCUCUCCUCCUACUGCUAUGUACCACGGUCCCGUGUUCCCCUGCUACCCUGCAGAGCCCCUACCACCCCCAGACCCUGUCCUCAGCUCCAUCCAACACAGAGAGACCCUGGAGAACAGGCUGGUUGACUGGGUGGAGCAGCAGCUGAUGGCCAGAAUGAUCUCCGAGAUGUACCAUCCGCCUCUAGCUGACCCCGCCCAGAACCAGAGUCCCUCCCACUCUGAGCCAGAGGACAGUGUUACCUCUGACAUCGUGGAGGCUGCGGGUGGAGAGGGCCUACAGCUGUUUGUGGACACCAGUGUUCCUGUGGACUCGGAGCUGAUCAGACAGUAUGUGAACGAGGCACUGGCAGAGACCAUAGCCCUGAUGCUGGGACAGAGAGAGGGACAGGAGAGACCUGUAGCACCAGCCAAGCCUCGGGAUCCUCCGUCGCAGGAGGAGCCCUUGGUGCCAACCCCAGUGCCCACCCCAGAGCCCAGUGUUAGUCCUGGGCCCCCCAGCAGAGGCCUGUCCCCCCUGGCUACCCCACAGGCUUCAGAGCAGGGGACCCCCCAGCAGUCACCCAGAGAACCCCAGCCACAGGAGCCUCACGUCUCCACACCUGCAGACCCAGAGCCAAUAGUGACCCCAGUCACCACUCCAGACCCCUCUCCCCUGGCGGUGUCCCCUCCCUCUGGCCCUGCCGGACCCUGGGGAGACGCAUCGCUGCCCCUGGCUGAGGAGCAACCCCACAGCCCUGUAGAGGAGCAGGAGAAGCACAACAAGCCACUAGUGAUGUCAGUGGCUGAGGAGGAGCCUGUCAGUGUGCCUCCAGUCCCACCUGUAACCUCCAGCCCCCUGACCCGGUCUCCCCGCUCCACUACUCCACCACCCCCACCUGGGCCUCAGACCCCCUCCACUCCCCCCUCCUCCUCGUCGUCGUCGGAGACUACCAGCAGCAGCAGUAGUUCCACAGUCACUGGGACAGAUGCGGCUGCUAGACACAUCUCAGAGGGAGAGCUGCUCCUCAGCUAUAGCCAGGCGGCAGCAGCACGGGCAUUUGAGGAGGAAGGCUUCUAUGUUCCCUAUCUAAUCAACAGCUUCUCCAGCUCGCUGCAGGAGGUUCAGGACAUGGACUACGACCCGCCCAGUGAGGGACAGGUGAGGAGGCCUGUCAACCCGGCCCACCACGACCCCAUCCUGUCUCUAUUGGCUAAGAUGGACCAGGGGGUCAUCACGCAGACACGCCCUGACCCGGAGGAGUCCUGGGAGGAGGAGGGAGAGGUCAGCGAAGGCCAGAGACCCAGGCUGCAUCCUGCAGGGGAGAGACUAGUUACUGGACACUCCCUGACUGUCCAGCCCUGGAACAGGACAGAGCCCAACCCCAGACAGGGACACGUCUCCUCCCCAGGACAGCUCACCCUGCAGUCAGCAGAUGUUACAGAUGCAACGAGCUUCCAGGACACUCAGUGGCCAGUUGACAUCGGAGUCCUGGAUGUGGAGCCAGAGAUGUCAAAUCAGCCUGACACCUCAAUGUCACCUCCACCGAUGGAGGACUUUGUCUCCCACUGUGCACCACAGGCAACUGAGGUGUCUUGUCCUCCAGCUCCCAGGCCUGCUCCCAUCCUGGUCAGGCAGUUUCAAAAGACCAAUGGAGAGACAUCAGAGAAACCAGGGGAGCGGGCUCAGCAGGGCUCCAGAGUGGUGGCUGUCCGGCUGCCCUUCACCGGCCCAGAGGAAGAAGAGGAGGAGGGCUCUGUCAGUCUGGGGCUCAGCAGAGGAGGAGGAGGAGACACAGACUCAUCAGGGAAUGACAUAUUCUAGUGCUGCUGACCUGCUUUAGUCAUUACUGAGACAUUACAGAAGAAUGCCUCCAAGACGCCUACUACUUCCAUCUCCGUUUCAUCACACUCAGUGGAUCGAUGGGGAGACCACUAAAGACUUCUUACCAGAUCUGGACAGAGCUCAGCAGAGAGAGAUAACAUUCCAUUUCUUGUGAAGAUCUUCAGACAUUUGCUGUUUAUUUACCUCUGGAACCAAUAACCAUGUGUUUGGACCAAUUUGCCUGUCAGAUAAUCAAUGUAUUGUAUGUAGCAAUAAUCAAUUAUAGUUUGGUUUUUUUUUGCAAUAAAGUUGAUACUUUUGAGUGUUUUAGUAACAACUGUUAUAUAAACUGAUAUCUUAACUUCAUACUUACCCUAUGCAAAUGAAAAAAAUGUCAUUCAAAUACACAUUUUCAUUUAAAUACAGUCAACUCCUGGCAUAUCAGUUAUGUGGUUGUUUUCAAAGCUACAUUGUGAUAUUCAGACAAGUCAGCCAGUCAUUCAAAUGUUUUGUUGAGUUAUUCCCCGAGCCCAUGUAAACAGUGUGAUGUCAUGGCCAUGCUACUACAGUGCAUUGCACUAGACUAGGAGAUUGGCUUUUCACCUCAUUACACACCCAUUUGCUUUCCUGCUGCCCCAGAUGAAGAUAGUAUCUCCGUCCCAAAUGGCACCCUAUUCCCUGCACUAUGUUUGACCAGGGCCCGAAAGGUAGUGGACUGUGUAGGGAAUAGUGAAUUUGUGACUCAGCCAGUAUAUCUGAUGUUGCUGUGCUGUACGCAACACUAACAACGCCAGCCUAAUGAGCAUCCUGUUUCAAUUCAACAAGUGUGCCAAGAGGAGAAACUAAAUGAGCGUUCCUCUCCCUCCUAGCUAAACCAAAGAGAAGUCGUCUAGUUGGGUCCCAUUUCUUAUCCAAAGUUCACCAAAUGAAGGCGAUAUGUUGAAUCUGCUAUAAACUGCUGCUCACUCUCUAUGGAGUUAGCCUGGACUCCAAACAGAAUAUCGCUCCAUUUGACUAGUGUUUCACUUCACAGAUAGACUGAAUCAGUAAAGGGUUGUAGCUAAGUAGAGGAGCAGGAUUAAAUGUGGCUCCAUGUCAGGCCAUGCAGUAUAGUGAUAAGUCAUGAUGAUAAAGAGAGGAAGGAAAUGAGAUUAAAGACAGGAGGGCAGAUGGUCUGGCAUGACACUGACCAGGAAACUGCACCUCUAUCUGCAACAACUCUGUCAUUCUCACUCUCCCUCACCCAAUCUCCCUCCCUCUCUCGCUCUCCCUCACCCAAUCUCCCUCCAUCUCCCUCUUUCGCUCUCCCCCUCUCUCGCUCUCCCUCCCUCUCUCUCUCUUGCUCUCCCUCUCUCUCGCUCUCCCUCCCUCCCUCUCUCUUUCUCUCUCUCUCUCUGCCUUGUAUCUUCUUUGAAAUUGUAAAUAGUAUUUGAUGUAAAUUGGCGUAAGAUUGAUUACAGCUUUUCAAACGAGAAAUUCAUCCUACAUUGUUGGAGUAGUUUUUUGGAUGGGCAUGCUCUGUUGAGAAAUGCUUCCAUGACAGAAAAUCAAGGUCUGUUUCCCAAAUGGCACCCUAUUUCCUUCAUAAAGCCUUCUUUGCCCCUGUUAAAAGCAGUGUGCCAUUUGGGAUGCAGACAAGGUCCUCCAGUCCAUCUGGGGCCAUGGCACAUGUUCCUGUUGAAUAGUAAGACUUACUACACUACAGUACGAUGACCUCAGAUACAUGUAGUGUGUCACUAGCUGGGAUUGCUGAGCCGUCCCUGUCCAGGGGAAAUAUCAAACUUCAGCUAAUCUCUGAGCUGGUCUUAAAUGUCUGAGCUACAGCUAAUCUCUGAGCUGGGGCAAAAACUCUUCACUGUUUAGUAAAGACCAGAGGUUGAGGGGUGCAGAGCAUUCUCUCUCCCCACCCCCACACCAGAGCCUCCAGCUUUCUCUCGGCCAGCCCAGCCCAGCUGUUUAUCAAAGCCAGAUGUGAGGGGCGGGAAGAGGGGGGAAAUCGAGCGUGACAUUGACCACUCUCCUCUCACAGUCAGGCACCAGAAUGCACUGCAGCGCGGGACAAGACGCCACUUAUUUUUACCCACAACCCUACAGCAAACCCAGCCUGGUCCCAGAUCUGUCGAUGCUGUCUAGCCAACUCCUUGGCGUAUGACAUGACAAUGACCAUAGAAGUUGGCAAGACAGCACAAUCAGGACUGAAACCAGGCUACAGUAAACGCCACUGACGUCACUGUGGCGUUUUAACACAUCAGAGAUGGCACCCUUUCAAUAUUACUUUGGAGCUUUUCACCCUUUGGACUCCAGAGAGAGGUCUGACAUGAUUUAGAUGUGUGCUGGCAGUCCAAACAUGGAGUUUUCUAACCCUGACAUGAACCAUAGGCACCUUAUUCCCUACACAGUGCACUACUUUUUAUCAUAGGGCCCUGGUCAAAAGUAGUGCACUAUUUAGGCAAAAGAGUGCCAUUUGGGACACAGCCACUGACAUCCUUAUAGAGGAGAUACUGUAGUUAGAAUUGCACUUAAAACAACUUGGUUUCUUUUACCCCACAGGAACUUCCAUCUGUGGAUAUGAAAGAGGCUGUAUAUUUGGGAGGGCUUUGAGUGCGUGUUAUUCAUAUUCCAUUUGAACCUCAGGGAGGAUUCCGCUGUGAGCGUUGAGGUGUUAAAUGAAGGAUAAAUCCAUGCAGAACAUUAAGGAUUCAUACUUGUGGUGGGAUAGAGAGGUUAGACCGUAGAGCAGAGGUUGUUUAGUUUGAAAAUGUUGUAAUGAUGACUUGGAAAACCCUUAGUAGUGUCUACAAAUGUUUAUCGUCUUUCAAGAUGAAGACGCUGCUUGUCUGUGUGUGUUGUGGUAAAGCAGUCCAACUGCUUCUCAAGCAUUACUAAACGUUCAUAUUUCUAA